AAUUGGAAAAUCUUUGUCCCUCACCAACGCGGUACAGUGUGACCAGCGUCUACUUUUGAAACAAUCGGGACGCUAUAAAUGUUAUUUUAAUUGUGUAUAUAUUAGAGAGAAGCCGGGAAAAUGAGCUUCUCAAGUGACGAAGUGAAUUUUUUGGUUUACCGAUACCUACAGGAAUCAGGAUUUCAACAUUCCGCGUGGGUAUUCGGUAUCGAGUCUCACAUAUCACAAAGCAAUAUAAAUGGAGCUCUGGUGCCUCCAGCAGCGCUCCUAUCAAUUAUCCAAAAAGGGUUACAAUACACCGAGGCAGAAAUAUCAAUCGGUGAAGAUGGCACCGUACAGAGAAUGGUAGAAUCCUUGUCUCUCAUCGAUGCCGUUAUGCCCGAUGUCGUUGCCUCCAGACAAAAUCAGCAGAAUCAGCAAAAGCAACAAGUCAAGACGGAGGUGCAGGAGACAAAUGGAGAAGAAGUUGUCACGUCGAACGAGGGCGUGAGCACAAACGAGAGGGGCUCAGAUCGAGCCGAAAUGGAAGUCGAUGAUCAGCAGCAAGCUGCAAAUGUAGCGGCUGCUGUCAAUGCAGUCGAGAUACCAGCCAGUAAAGCAACAAAAUUGCGGGGCCACGAAUCCGAGGUGUUUAUUUGCGCCUGGAAUCCAACCACGGAUUUAUUAGCUUCCGGAUCCGGUGACAGUACGGCCCGUAUCUGGGACAUGUCGGACAAUACAGCCUCGCCAAAUCAAUUGGUUCUUCGGCAUUGCAUCCAAAAGGGCGGCACUGAAGUUCCGAGCAAUAAGGACGUCACUAGUCUUGACUGGAAUAACGAGGUGAAUGCGAUCAAGUGGGAUCCACAAGGAAACUUGUUGGCCAGUUGUUCAGACGAUAUGAGUUUGAAAAUCUGGUCGAUGAAGCAGGACACGUGGGUCCACGAUCUUCAAGCGCACAGCAAAGAAAUUUACACAAUCAAGUGGUCGCCGACGGGUGCGGGCACGCAAAAUCCCAACAUGAAUUUGACACUGGCCAGUGCGUCUUUUGACUCGACGGUCAGAUUGUGGGACGUGGACAGAGGCGUGUGCAUUCAUACGUUGACGAAACACACCGAACCAGUAUAUAGUGUAGCUUUUAGUCCGGAUGGCAAAUUCCUCGCCAGUGGGAGUUUCGAUAAAUGCGUUCACAUCUGGUCGACGCAGAGUGGUCAACUAGUUCACAGUUACAAAGGAACCGGUGGUAUUUUCGAGGUUUGCUGGAACAGUCGAGGUGAUAAAGUUGGGGCCUCAGCCUCUGACGGCAGUGUCUUUGUUCUCGAUCUACGCAAGCUGUGAUCAUCAGCGACAAACUAAAUCUCCCAUAACAACUUAUCACUGAUAAGUUAUCCUAAUUCGUAAGUUUAAGUUUCAAUUUGUCAAUUUUUGGUUGUAAUGGGUUGUUCAAAGGCCCUUUUUUUUUGUACAUAGAAAGUACAAGUAAGUUCCCUGCCCGAAACUUAAAAUAAGUACGGUACGCCUUAAAGCAAGUAGGCCUACUUCGACUGAAUGUCCCUUCUAUAAUAUUUAAUAAUUUUACGAUUCGACAAUUGCAAUCGCGUGAGAUUAGUCAUUGAACUUUUAAAGAGUCAGUCGUCUUCUGAAUUUGGGCUUGAUUGAAAACGGAAUAUUUUGUGAUUUACGAAGCUGGAAAAUUGGUGUUGUUUUUAAGGACAAAUGGUAUUCUAUGAUGUCACUAUUUAACGAAAAAUCAGUGGUUGAUAUCGAUUUUUUUUUCCUCUUCCAUUUCUCUCAUUUUUAGACGCGAUAUUUUAUUUUGUUUUUUAAGUAAGGAAAUAAUUAAUGGGACGAGUUCGGUAAUUAGUGCUGGCGUAGAAUAAAAUUUGCCCUUAAAGGUCGAAAUAUAUAUCGUUGUAAUUUUAAUAGUAAAUCGUAUUAAGUAACACCAGAUGAAUAAAGUUUUUUAAUUAAUAA